AUGACUAUCCUUCAACGCCAAAUCAGCCGUGAAGAAGUGGCCGAGCACUGUGACUACAGCUCGUGCUGGAUGAUCCUUCAUAAUGAUGUGCUCGACGUGACUGACUUUAUUGAGCAGCACCCCGGCAGCAUGGAGCUCAUGCUAGAAUAUGCUGGCACCGAUGCUACCCAAGCCUUCGAAGAUGUCGGCCACUCAAUGCAGGGCCGAAUGCUAGCCGAAAAAUACAAAAUCGGCACCCUCCCCGAUGAGCAACAACACCAACAAGCUUAUUCCUUUGUCGCAUACGCAAAGAAGCUCGCCCAACUCAUCACCACC